GGAAGCAGCGCGGGCCUUGACCGGCGUUGGCCCGCCGCCUCCGCCGCCGCCGCGCCUGGGUCCGGUUCUUCUGGCCUGGCCCGACCCGGUCUGGCCCGCCCGGGCUCAGCGGCCGCGGGGCCGCGGCUCCCGAUGGAAAUUAUAUGAAUGAAAUUAUAUGAAUGACUAUUUAGGUGACAUCUUCCUGCAAAAUCUUCAAGAAUUACAGAAGACAAAAACACUAAUGAGUUUGAAAAAGUGGUGAAGUUUGGGGGGAGGGAAAAAAACUGCUUUCCUGAUCUGCAACUUGACUGGAUGUUAAGAUGUCUGUGGACAUGAAUAGCCAGGGGUCUGACAGCAAUGAAGAGGACUAUGACCCAAAUUGUGAGGAGGAGGAAGAGGACGAGGACCCUGGUGACAUAGAGGACUAUUACGUGGGAGUGGCCAGCGAUGUGGAGCAGCAGGGGGCCGACUCCUUCGAUCCUGAGGAAUACCAGUUCACCUGCUUGACCUACAAAGAGUCCGAGGGUGCCCUCAAUGAGCACAUGACCAGCUUAGCUUCUGUCCUAAAGGUAUCUCAUUCAGUUGCUAAACUUAUAUUAGUUAAUUUCCACUGGCAAGUUGCAGAGAUACUGGACAGAUACAAGUCUAAUUCUGCUCAGCUGCUCGUUGAGGCUCGAGUUCAGCCCAAUCCAUCGAAACAUGUGCCCCCGGCCCACUCCCCUCACCACUGCGCAGUGUGUAUGCAGUUCGUGCGGAAGGAAAACCUCCUCUCUCUGGCCUGUCAGCACCAGUUCUGCCGCAGCUGCUGGGAGCAGCACUGCUCAGUGCUCGUCAAGGACGGUGUGGGUGUGGGUGUCUCUUGCAUGGCUCAGGACUGCCCACUUCGAACACCAGAGGACUUUGUGUUUCCAUUGCUGCCCAAUGAAGAACUGCGAGAUAAAUACAGGCGCUACCUCUUCAGGGACUACGUGGAGAGUCACUACCAGCUCCAGCUAUGCCCUGGUGCAGACUGCCCCAUGGUUAUCCGGGUACAGGAGCCCAGAGCUCGCCGAGUACAGUGCAAUCGGUGCAACGAGGUCUUCUGUUUCAAGUGUCGUCAGAUGUAUCACGCCCCCACAGACUGCGCCACAAUCCGGAAAUGGCUCACGAAGUGUGCAGACGACUCUGAAACAGCCAACUACAUUAGUGCCCACACUAAAGACUGUCCCAAGUGCAACAUCUGCAUUGAGAAGAACGGCGGCUGCAAUCACAUGCAAUGCUCCAAAUGUAAACACGACUUCUGCUGGAUGUGUCUAGGAGAUUGGAAGACCCAUGGCAGCGAGUACUACGAGUGCAGCCGGUAUAAGGAGAACCCCGACAUUGUCAACCAGAGCCAGCAAGCCCAGGCCAGGGAGGCCCUCAAGAAGUACUUGUUCUACUUUGAGAGGUGGGAAAACCACAACAAGAGCUUGCAGCUGGAGGCACAGACAUACCAGCGGAUUCACGAGAAGAUCCAGGAGAGGGUCAUGAACAACCUGGGGACCUGGAUCGACUGGCAGUACCUCCAGAACGCUGCCAAGCUCUUGGCCAAGUGUCGAUACACCCUGCAGUACACAUAUCCAUAUGCCUACUACAUGGAGUCCGGGCCCAGGAAGAAGCUGGCCCUGCCCUGGCUACCGUCCCCACUCCUUUUGACCUUCCUGCUCUACCCAUACAGUUUGAAUACCAGCAGGCUCAGCUGGAGGCUGAGAUUGAAAACCUGUCAUGGAAGGUGGAGCGGGCGGACAGCUAUGACAGAGGGGACUUAGAGAACCAGAUGCACAUAGCAGAGCAGCGGAGGAGAACGCUGCUGAAGGACUUCCAUGACACCUAGGCUGGGACUCGGGCGCGCCGGCUGAGGACGAUGUGGCUGCGAGGUCUCCCGGCUGCCGUGCUGCAUGCUGCAGGCUCCCUGCCUCUCAUCACCCCAGGCAACAGCCAGGACCCCACUCCUGAGAGACACUGGCCACACACCUCUUAGUCGAUUUCUGGUUGUUGUUUUUUUCUCCCCCCUCCUCUUUUUGCUUUUUGUUUCCACCAGGGUAGAGGCCCCGUUGAAUUGGCCUCUUCUCAGGACCGUCAGUUCCCCCUGGAUAGUUGCUGGGAGGGAAGGAAAGUUUUUUCUGAAUGACUAUUAAUAGUAUUAGAUCAUUACAACUUAUGUAAUUUUCAAAGGCUGUACAAUUAUACAAAAAAAACAAACAAAACCAGGGGGCAAACAAACCAUAGAAUGACACAGAACCCUUUUUAAAAAUAAACUGGCAUUGGAGUGUUUUACCCUCUAGCUAUUUUACUUAGAACGUAAUAUACACUGUCCGCCCCCCCUUGCCUCAGGAUGUCUGCUGCACAAGGGCCCCAGGUGGUACUUGCUUUCCAGAUUCACACGCCUUUGGCCACAGCUGGAGCCCCAAGUAAAGAGCAUGGGUGGUGGGAAAUGGGGUUGGCCUGUGUAACACCGUGGUGUGCAGAGAAUCACGCCGUGCCUCCUGCCUGGUCCUUGUAGACCCUUCUGUGAUCAGGGGUACUGCCUCACCUUGGCAGUUAGAAGACAAUACAGAACAGAAUCUUGCCCCCGGGUAUCAUCAUGUCCAGUGGCACUGCGUGUCUGUGGACUCAUUUAUCUUGAAAGUGAGCUUUACCAGGGCCUGGCCACUCAGGCUAGAGCCCACAGCAGAGCGCAUGGAUGAGCUGUGGCCCUCCAGCACAGGGGACAUGAGUUCAGCACAGUUUUCGUUUCCUGAAGAGAGAGAUCCACUUUUAAAGGGAAUCAUUCCCCCAAAGACUUGUUUUACCUCGGCCCCUUCUUUUGUGCCAGUGUUCCCAUGGAGGGACUCCAACCAGGUUCACACACAGCCAUACCUGACGCUGGCCUGCUGCGCUCUCCUCUGGUGAAUGUCAAGGUCAGAGUUCAGCAGAGCCCUCCCUAGGGCUCUGGUCUGCCUGGCUCAGGGGCUGUGUCUGCACAAAUUGUUUUCAUGUUAACCUGGAGCGAUUGUCUCCAUGACGUGCUCUGGGGGUGGGGUGUGCUCCCCCUCGCCUGGUUUCCAGUGUUGGAGGGCAACACCUCUGGGGUCUGGAGUCUGAGGCUGGUCAAGGGGUUCCUAAUUGGUGGUCCCUGCUCCUGUUCCAGGAGGCUGGCCAAGGAAAAGGCCAGUCUUUUCACAGUGCAAAGGAACAAGCAGUUUGCAUGGUAUCCUACUUGUCCUGAACCUGGUCCUGUGGGCCUCUCCCGGGGUUCCUGCGGCUCUUGUUCAGGGCCUCCUUGACCUCCCGGAAGAGUUGCUUGGAAAUCUGUGAAUAAAUAUUGUGUUGGAAAUUCUUUGAUAGUCCAACAUUUUCACCUCAGUCAGUAAUUCCCCCAGGUACCAUGUUAGUUGCAAACUGAAUCUCUCAGAAGACAGAGGACAGUUGUAACUCUUGGGGUCACGGGGUCCAUGGUUGGCUGCAGGCCCUGUUUCUCCCCAGUCAGGUUUUGCCUCUUCCUGUCAUCUCCUGCAAGGAAGGGACCAUGGGGUGGAAUGAGAGGACAAGUUAGUAUAACAGACGAACCCAGAAUUGCACAGCGCUGAGCCACCCGAAGGAGAGUGUCCACCUAGAGGUGGGGUAUGACCGCUUCGUUGGCACAUGGAAGAUCCCAGUGUCUGGAAUGUUCACCUCUCCAUUGAGUCCCUGGGGUGUCACCGCCAUGGCAGCAGCAGGACCCGAGUUGCCGCUCUGUUCCUUAAAUCCCACCCCGCGCACUGUCUGGACUGUAUAACUGCUACACAGUGUACUUGCAGCCAGCUGUGACCCCCAGCCACCGAAGCGGCAAGAGGUUCUGCGCCCAGACCGCAGCCUGCAGCCCUUGACCGGUGGAAAACUUCCUUCUGUGCCCCAAGUGGCUGUCUCUUGCUAACAUCAUCAGGAACAUGGAAAAGUUCAUGCAGAAUGUUUCUGCCCUGCAAAGGAAGGCACAGUGUUUUCACAAAUUUACCAUAUAUCUUUGUUUUCUUCAAAGAAAAAGUUGAGGCAAUGUCAUCUGCUCAAAGUUGAGUGGUUUAUUAAAAAUAAACUGAAAGUUUCUGAUUAUAAAA